GGUGCACAUACGCUGACCGUACGCUUCGUCUUAGCGUUCCGCUGCAAUAAGUCAUUUCAACGUGUUUGUGAUCAACGAGAAUCAUGCCUCUGUUUAACCUCAGUGGAAACCAGUACCUCCAAAUUUCCUGCUAUUUCAACAAGUACGCCAACAACGGCUCUCUUGGGAAGCAGGAGAUAAAGGCUGCACUGAGCAGGAAUGGCAUUGAGGCGUCUCUUGAUGACAUUCAGGGCAUGAUCGACGCUAUUAGUAUCAACAGCACCGGUAUCAACCUGCAGUGCUUCCUUGACUACUGCGCCACCUACACCGGUCUUCGUGACACAGACGCGGAGUACGCCGAAGCCUUCCGAGUGUUCGACACCACCGGAUCCGGAAGUCUGACACGUGACGAGGUCCAAUACGUCAUGACUAAGAUGGGGAACAAAUCGUUCGACUGCGAGGCUCUUUUCAAGGAGGCCGACAAGAAUAACGACGGCACCAUUGACUAUGAAGAGUUCGUUGCCGUCAUGAAGCAGAAGUUCUAAGAUUGGAAUGGGAAAAACCAUCCAAUCAGUGAAGGCAGACAUGGGCACGUGGCACAAAGUACUAAUUGCUUAUCUAAACCCAGCAUUUCAAAGAACGAAAGUGAAACGUUAUCUGGACUCGUAUUAGCAUUGACGUUGUCUUAUAACAAGUAAGUUCGAAUCAAAGUAUAACUUCGACUUUUUGACUUAAAACAGCAGAUCUUGUGCUAACACGUAACCAAUGACAGGAUGGUGCCGACCGCAGAAUGGUCGGUGGUACCCGCCAGGAGGGGGUUUAUACUCUCGGCAUCAAGACUGGGAGGAAGAAAGAAGGAAGGAAUUAAUUGGAAGAAAAAGAGAUAACACCUGGAAGACAAGGACAACAGCUUACCUGAGCCGUUGUUCUGAAAAUGGACGACAAUUCUGAGUGAAAACGAAGAACUGGUGCAUUAAUUGCGAUUUGAAAAAUAAAAAUAUAGAAAGCCUAUAAUUGCUAAUGUAGCAAAUUCAAAACUCUACAAACAUUGACUUGUCUUUAAUUCGUACGGUGUGCCGAUGCUCUUCUUUCAGACGCAGCUUACAUUUACCAUCAGAAAAAAGUAGAGUUUCGAACACAGUGGGUGUUAAAGCCGGGAAAUGCAUUAUUCAUUUUGGUCAUAUACAUGGAUUGUAAGGCUUUUAUAGCUAAAGAUUAGAAUUAGUUGAAUAAAGCUUAGUGAG